AUGACUUCAAAUGACAGGCAUGCCUCUCACGAUUCUCCUUAUCGUACUGGCCAGCAUGUUCCCCUCAGCCAAAGUCGCCACGCUCCUCUCACCUCCGUGGUCACCAGUGCCAUUGAAUCCAGACCGGACCUCACCACGUCCUUCGAAGAGGAUUCGACGAAGCAGUCCCAGCGCUGGUCAGAAUCUCAGGACAAUAUUACCUCUCCUACCCAGCCAUACUCUCCAGGGAUGAGGUCUAAACAAAGAAGCUCUCAUGACCAGGAGGAAGGUGUGCAGAUGCAGAGUUUUCACGAUGGUGCUCCACCACCUCCCCCGGUCUCCUAUUCUUGGAAAAAGAUAGACAAAUGGUGCGAGCAUAACUAUGAAGAGCUAUUUGAUCAAUUGUGUGAAGGUUGCACCCAGAAUGACGUGAAUGAGCUAGAACACGAGUUGGAUUGCAGUCUCCCUCUAGAGGUUCGGGAGUCACUGAUGAUACAUGAUGGUCAAGAACGGGGCGGCCUACCCACUGGUGUCUUGUUCGGCUGUAUGCUCCUUGAUUGCGAGGAAAUUGUUCAAGAGUGGAAAAACUGGAGGACAGUUAAUGAGGAAUUUCUAAGCACUGCCACGAUACCAGGACCGCAGCCUCCUCUUAAGGCUUAUGGAGGUACCUCGGCAUCCAGCUCUGCUGCUCCACAGAGUCAAUUGAACCCGCUCUGGCGACAGGAGCUCCUUGACAGACAAGACUCACAGCCUCCUCGAGCUAUUCAAAAGGCAUAUGCUCACCCAAGCUGGAUUCCUCUUGCACGUGACUGGGGAGGCAAUAACGUUGCGAUAGACCUCGCACCUGGACCUGCCGGCAAAUGGGGCCAGGUUAUUCUAUUUGGGCGAGAUUAUGACUGCAAAUAUGUCAUUGCUCGGUCCUGGGCCGCAUUCUUGGCCACAGCGGCAGAUGAUUUCCACUCUGGAAAAGUCAUCGUUGACGAGGACUCCAACGAGUUGCGACUAAAACCGUUUAAAACUGCUGAUCCUCCAUAUCUGGAGAUCCUGCGUUGGCGCUGUGACCAGAAGCAUGGACGUAAACCGCCGAGAAAACGGCCCGGGCAGGGUGGACUCGGCGUCAAUACUGCCGUCAAUGGAAAAACAACUAGAGACUCACCCUACGGCAGCCCAACUCCGAGUGAGGAGAGAGGCCGUUCGCCACACAGAUUCCCAGGCCGUGGACCCAACGGUAGUCCCAAAGGAGGUAUAGCUUUGUCUAGCCCGCUGGCUCGAGUUGCAGAAGAGGCAACUUCACCGGUCAAAGACAAUGAGUCUAAUGAUGCGAAUAAAGCUAAAGGGAAAGACUCGGAUUUGGUUGAUCUUACCUCUCCCGCUGUAUCUGUCAAGGCCGAGCCUAGUAUAAAUUCGGAUGCGAAGAAGGAUGUCGAUGCUGAGCAUACCCCUACUAAACGCACCUGCAAGGCGGAUAAAUCAAAAAGCGGCGUAUCAACACCCCGGUCUUCCGCUGGGCUCGAUGCUCUUGAACUCGAGGGAAUGAAGAACAUUGCCAUUUGA